AUGGUUCAGGUCUUCCAACCAACCCUCCGAGGGAGGUACUACGAGGUCGCACCACAGCAGCAGCAACGGCGGAAGCUACAAGUGGGCGUUGCGUCCAACGUGGUGCUCUCCGAAUCCACGGUGUCCGUCGCCGAAGGCGGAGCCGAUGCCACCUACACGGUUUCCCUGGACGCCGACCCGGGCGCCACCGUUGUCGUCACCGUCGACAUUUCAACCGCCUCCUCCGAUGUCCUACUCUCUGCAUCUCAGCUGUUAUUUGAUGACUCAAAUUAUGGCGAUGCCCAAUCAGUUACGAUCUCCGCUGUAGAGGACGGAGACGUUGAGUCCUUGGAAGAGGCGACGAUCACGCACUCUGUAAGUGUCUCCAGCGGAUAUGAUUGGAACGGCGCCGUUUCUCCAGGGGCUGACCUGACCGCGCGGGUGUACGACAACGACGAGGCUGGCAUCGUGGUGUCCACGUCCACGCUGUACGUCGACGAGGGUGGCGUCGCGGGAUACGAAGUUAAACUCAUGGGCAUGCCCUCUCAAGACGUGGUGGUGGCUGCGGCCGCGUCGAACGCGUAUGUGACCGUGACCGCGAGCCGAACCUUCACUUCAUUGACUUGGGACGACACUCAGACCUUCACCGUGUCCGGCACCGACGACGCUGUCGAGACGGCGGAGUCUUACCCAGCAACCAUUAGCCACACCGUUUCCUCCACCGACCCUCUGUUCGAUGGGACAGCGCCGUUGUUCUUUCCCUCCUCUGAGCUGUCCGUGGUGAUCUACGACAACGACGACGGGUGCUACAGAAGUUGCGAUCCUGGAGAGUGGGCUUCUCCCUGUGUCGAUAGCUACGAGUGCUCCUCCUGCAGCCCUGGGUAUUCCUGUGCUGGCGAUUGCAACGACCCUGUCGCCUGCCCUGCCGGGACUUCCCUAGCGGCGUACGGUUCGUCUGACCCAAACGACUGCGAGGCAUGCCCUGACGGAUACUACAGCUCCGAGGAAGGCUCGGCUGCUUGCUCCCCGUGCGAGGCUGGGUACUAUUGUAGCUCGGCAGCGGCAGUCCCGGUUGCAUGCCCCGCCGGCGAGUUCGCCAGCGCCGGCGCCCUGACCUGCUCGGAAUGUGCCGACGGCUACUACAACCCGCUCGAGGCGCAGGGGGCAUGCCAGGAAUGCCCAGCUGGUUACUCGUGUGCCGACAAGGCCUUGACGCCGACCCAGUGCUCCUCGGGGUCGUACAGCGAAGGUGGCGCCACCGAGUGCUUGUCAUGUCCGGCUGGAUCCUACUGCUCAAGCACAGGAAGUUCGCCGGAGGUCUGCGCAGAUGGCUCGUACUCACUAGAGAACUGGGCGUACUGCGUGGCUUGCCCGGCUGGAGCGUAUUGCAUCAAUACAAAUCAGGAGCCGACCGCAUGCUCGGCGGGCACGUCAUCCUUGGGCGGCUCGACAACGUGCACCGCGUGCGCGAGCGGAACGUACUCGUCCGUCGACGGAUCCAUCGAGUGCACCAACUGCCCCGCUGGUAUGUCCUGCACCGACGUCUCUGCAGAGCCGGUAACGUGCUCUAACGGCACUUUCAGUAUGCUCGGCGAGGCGAUAUGCUCUGACUGCGACGCGGGGCUGUACAGCAAUGAAGGGGCGUCGUCCUGCUUGGCUUGUCCUGCGGGAUACUCGUGCCUCAACCCGGCGACCUCGUCGCCAACUCAGUGCGCUGAAGGCUAUUCAUCCAAUGGGGGCCUGGCUUGUAUCGCCUGCUCCGUUGGGACCUACACGGACUCCUUGCGCGACCGCUGCAUCGCUUGCCCCGCCGGGUAUAAGUGUUCGGACCCCACAUUAGGGCCGGUGUUGUGCAACGAAGGCUUCUAUAGCACGGGGAACGCCAUCACGUGCACCGAGUGCCCCGCGGGGUCUUUCUGCACCUCGCCGUUCACUGUGGCGGAGGCGUGUGGUGCCGGCACAUACUCCACAGCUGGAUCCGCGAACUGCACGGUGUGUCCCGGCGGCUCCUCCUGCGCGACCCCCUCGGACCUGCCCAUCGCCUGCUCUGACGGUUACUACUCCGCCGAGGGUGCCAGCGCGUGCACCGUCUGCCCGGCCGGCUCGUACUGCCCCGGACCUCCCCGUGACGAGGAAUCGAAGGCUUCAUGCUCGCCGGGGACGUACUCUGAGAGCGGGGCGAGCUUGUGCUCACAGUGCCCGAAGGGCCACUUCUGUCCGGACGCCACCCUGGCCCCCGUGGCGUGCCCCAACGGCUACUACGCUUACGUCGGCAACAUGACAGCCUGUGACGAGUGCCCUGCCGGAAGUUACUGCCCUUCCGCGGAAAUGCCGCCGCAGGACUGCCCGGGGGGCUACUACAGCGAAGGUGCCACCGUGAGCUGCACCGCGUGCCCGACCGGCGCUGCGUGCCCAACCACCGCCACAGGCUAUAUUUCCUGCAGCCCUGGAACCUUUUCGGUGGGCCUUGCGACCAACUGCACCUCGUGCCCCCCGGGGUAUUACUGCCCGAACACGGAAGCCGCGGAGCUCUACGAAUGUCCGGACGGAACCUAUUCCACGGGAGAUGCCAGCUCGUGCGAGAUCUGCCCUCCCGGGUACUAUUGCCCCCUCAAAACGGUGGACGCAGAGCUACCGUGCCCCGGCGGUACCUACUCGACCGGCGGGGCGAGGAACUGCACGGCCUGUGACGCGGGUUUUACGUGCGCAGCGGACGGGACUGGCCUCGUGGCGUGCGAGGCGGGAUAUUACUCGCAGGCCGGGGCGAUGGAGUGCGUGGAAUGCCCAGCGGGGAGCUACUGCCCAUACACGGCGAACGCGACGGUUUUCGCUUGUCCCGAGGGAUCGUACUCGUUGGGGCACUCCCAAUCGUGCACGCCGUGCCAGGCCGGAUACUACUGCCCCUACCAAGACAGCGCCCAAGAUCUCCCGUGCUUGUCCGGGACAUUUGCGGUCGGGGGCAAGCACGUAUGCACGGAUUGCCCCGCUGGGUUCACCUGCAGUUCUACGUCCACCAACCAAAUGGAAGCCUGCGGCCCGGGGUACUACAGCCUUCUCGGAGAGCCUUUGUGCACCACAUGUCCGGCGGGCUAUCGCUGCCCGCUCGCGAAGGACAGCCCCAUCGCCUGCGACCCCGGUUACUAUAGCACCGCCGCCUCAACCAACUGCACGUCCUGCCCUGCGGGUUACUUCUGCGACGACCCUGAGGCCCUCCCCCAGCCGUGCGAGGUCGGAUACUACAGCGGAGGCGGCACCGCAGUUUGCUCGGCCUGCCAGCCUGGGUACCGCUGCCCCGAGGCCUCCGUCAGCGCGACUCCCGCCGGUUCGGAGUGUCCUGAGGGCACCUACUGCAACCCUGCGCGUACCCUCCUCGAGUGUCCAGCGGGAACCUACGGCAACGUUACCGCCGCCGCAAGCCUGGAAGAGGGUUGCCAGGCUUGCACGGAGGGUUACUACUGCACCGACACGGGGAACACACUGGCGACCCGCACGGUCUGCCCGGCGGGCAACUACUGUCCCGUGGGGUCCUCCUCCCCGUCCGCCUGCGCAGCGGGCAUGUACAGCGCCAGCACCGGGGCUUGGUCGAGUAACGUUUGCCAAGAAUGCGAUGCUGGGUACUACUGCACAAGCGGUUCCAGUUCAGCCACGUCGAAGCCUUGCCCGGCGGGAUACUACUGCCCGGUGAACACGCCCUCUUCCACCUCCUACCCCUGUCCCGAGGGUACCUACUCGGGAGCGACGGGCAACACGUUGAGCUCCCAGUGCUCAAUUUGCCCGAUCGGCACCUACUGUUUGGCGGGCUCCACGUCCCCGACGAACUGCUUGCCGGGGACUUACCAGCCGUCUGAGGCCGCGACAAGUCCCAGUGCGUGCCAGCAGUGCGAGCCUGGGUGGGCGUGCGAGUCGGCCGCCAUGUCUGUGAUGACCACGCUGUGUGACCCGGGGCACUAUUGCCCUAAGGGGACUUCGUACGCCGACCAGUACCCGUGUCCCGCUGGGACGUACACGGACGAAACAAACCUCACAUCUGCGACCCAGUGCAGCGACUGCCCUGAGCGAUUCGCGUGCUUCUCCGGAUCGACCUCAAACGACUGGUCCCCCUGCGGCGAGGGCCACUGGUGCCCGGAGAACACACCCACCAGGACAUCGUACCCUUGCUCCGCCGGGUCUUUCACAAACCGUACGGAUCUCGCCGCCGACUCGGAGUGCUACCCGUGCCCUCUUGGCGAGUGGUGCGGUGGCAGCGGCUCACCCGAGCCGGAUGGGCCGUGUGAGGCCGGGUACUACUGUCCUCUGCGGACAGCAGCGGCGACGGACUAUCCUUGCCCCGCGGGAACUUUCUCAAUCUCGACUUCGCUGUACCUCGAGGCACAGUGCGAGGACUGCCCACCUGGGUACUACUGCCCAGAAGCGUCAACACAGAUCGAACCGUGCCCGGCGGGAACUUACAGCCCGUACAACGCCACCGAGGACGCGGGUCCGGACUCAUUCCCGAGCUGCACAGUCUGUCCUGCUGGAAGCUACUGCGUGGAAGCAUCGGUGAAUCCUGUAGCGUGUGGGGUUGGUAUGUAUUCUAGCUCGGGGGCUGACGCGUGCUCGGUAUGCGAGGCCGGCCACUACUGUGGCAGCAACGAGACCAGUGCGGUGGACAUGCUCACGGGUGUAGGAAGCUGGGACCUGUCGUCCAACAGCUCCGGGAUGUGCUUCAAUGGAACGUACUGCGCAGCGGGGAUGACGCGCGCCCCAGACCUAGCCCGCGACGCUUGCCCGGCGGGACACUACUGUCCCGCGGGAGUGGCAUCCCCAUACCCCUGCCCUUCGGGCACGUACAACCCCCACACCGGAAGAGACGACCUGGAAGAGGAUUGUCUCAUCUCGCUGGAGGGGUACUACACCAUAGAGGCGUCCACGAACAUGACAGGAUCUUGCGAUCCGGGAUACUAUUGUCCGGCUGGAUCGACAGGGCCGCAGCAGGUACCGUGCCCCGAACGAUUCUACCGAAGCUCCUCUGGUGCUGGCAGCCAGGAUGAUUGCGCGUAUUGUGUUUCUGGUGGGUACUGCCCAUCCGGAUCGACAGAGCCCAUCGAUUGCCCCCGCGGGUUCUACUGUGUGCAUGGGGUUGCGGAGCCGGAGCCCUGCCCCUUGGGAACCUACGGGAACACCACCGGCCUGAGAAAAAUAUCAGAUUGCAACGAUUGUGAUCCGGGUAGCUACUGCGACCAGCGCGGCCUGACUAACCCGGCCGGCCUUUGCGAUCCGGGGUACUACUGCCUGGACGGUUCGUACACGAGCGCACCGAAUGCGCCAGGGUCUCCGCUGUCUAUCGAGGACACCGAUAUCGGCGGUCUUUGUCCCGGUGAGCUGUGGGGUAGGGCAAAGGGGGGAAUUCGGACACACAAGCUAGGUACACAUCGAAAAGAUGCUAGUGCAGCUGGGGGGUACUGCCCUAUCGGAUCGUCGUACCAGCAACCUUGCCCGCACGGCACUUACAACAACUUUUCCGGAGCGGCCGACCCGGCCGACUGUUCCGACUGCCCCCCUGGCUUCUACUGCUCCGGUACGAGUAACCCGGCCCCAACCGGCGGGUGUUACGCGGGCCACUAUUGCACGGGAGGUGCCUCGACCCCCACCCAGAACCGGACGGACAGGGGAUACUAUGCCCCUGUUGGGGCUGCUGUCCAGUAUCCGUGUGAGCCUGGAACGUAUAACAAUGAGGAGUCGCAAGAAAGUUGCCUCGAUUGUACAGCGGGCUACUACUGCCCGGACCAGGCCACCAUCACGCCGACGGUAUGCCCAGUUGGCAGCUAUUGUCCGGUUGGAAGCGACGUUGCAAUAUUGUGUCCUUCCGGAACCUUCUCGAACGAGCUGGCAGUGCAACUCGAGUCGGGAUGUGCGACCUGCACGCAGGGAAAGUACUGCGCCUACAACGGCUUGACGGAGCCCACCGGUGACUGUGAGGCCGGUUAUUACUGCAGCGGCGGGGCCAUUCUCAGCAACCCGGUAGACCAAGUCUACGGUGACGAGUGUUCUGCUGGGCACUACUGUGAAGAAGGCUCACCUUGGCCGGUGCCUUGUCCCCUUGGAACAUACUUCGGAGCACAGGGAAACGACGGCUACCACUGGGCGAACAACACCAUCACCGGCGCUCCAUACCAGACGUACUGCACCCUCUGUUCGGCUGGCAAAACCUGCAAUUCCACGGGACUCACAAGCCCCGACUUGCUAUGCGCGGAGGGCUACUUCUGCAAGCUCGGCGCGUCGGACCCUCUACCGUACUGUGAGGCCGGGGAGGGGCUGUGCACGUUCGGGGUAUGCCCGGCGGGCCAUUACUGCCCGAUGGGAACUUCUGACCCUAUUGUGUGUCCACCGGGAACAUACAUGAACAACACUGGUGCCGCUGAGUGCUUUGACUGCCCCGAGCGGUAUUACUGUGACGGUAGCCUCCCCCGGGGAUAUGAAGAGUGUCCGAUCGGCCGAUAUUGCGAGACUGGCACAGACGUCCCGACCAACUGCCCCGUGGGGACAUACAGCGCGCAGGCAGGGCUUGGUUUCGAGAGCGAGUGUACCGCGUGUACUCCGGGGUACUUCUGCGCCGAAACGGGCCUCACCGCUGUUGAGGGACCCUGCGCCGAAGGCUACUAUUGCCCCGCGGGAUCGGAGGACUCGCUCGGGAAAAUAGGGGAAACCACGAGCCACAUCUGCCCAGAAGGUUUCUAUUGCCCGGCCGGGGUAUCUACGCCGGAAGCAUGUAUAGUGGGGACAUACAACCCUUCAACGCAGAAGAGAGCGGUAGAGGAUUGCACGGCCUGUUCCGAGGGCUACUACUGCGAGACCACCGGGCUUGUCGAGCCAACCGGUCCGUGUCACAGCGGGCACUACUGCAAGCGAAAGGUCGACACGGCCGCUCCAACUACCGGCAUCACCAUCGAGUCCGGGGUGGAGUACGGAGGAGACCUAUGCCCGGUCGGGACGUACUGCGGCAAUGGUACCGCGACCCCGCUGCCAUGCCUCGCGGGAACGUACAACGAUCUAGAGGGGCAGGAGGAGUGCUUUGCUUGUCCCGCCGGGUACUAUUGCGAGGCCAAUGCGACAGCCUACGACAGCACUCCAUGUCCCGCUGGAUACUAUUGCACCGAAGGCACGACGUUCGCGACCGAGCAUCCUUGCCCCCCCGGGACGUAUGCCAACAUGACCAUGACGUCUUCUGAGGAAAACUGUGUCGAUGCUCCCGCGGGGUGGUACGUGGCUGGAUCGGCGAGCCAGGCCGUGUCCGGCAGGUGCAACGAGGGUUUCUAUUGCUCGGGCGGGUCAUCUUCGGCCACCCCGUCCUGCGUCGAAACCGUGGAGGGGGUAUGCGACACAGGUGGCCCGUGCGUUGCGGGCCAGUAUUGUCCCGAGGGUUCCCCGUACUGGCGGGCCUGCCCCGGCGGAUCCUACUGCAACGACGCCAGCGGAGUGAUCACCGGCGAUUGCUACGCAGGGUACUACUGUGUACAGGGCGCAAAGACACCGUCUCCAGAGAACGAGGUCGACGAGGACGGCAACGUGGUAGGGGGCGUCUGUCCGGCGGGGUACUACUGCCCCGUGGGCUCCGAGACCCCGCAAGCCUGCCCCUCCGGGACCUACUCCGGUUCCACGGGAAAUACCAACUCCACCGCGUGUCUGCCUUGCACCCCAGGAUUCAUCUGCCCCAACGCGAGCACCUCGGUUCCCACGGAGCCCUGCCCAGCGGGCUUCUAUUGCCCCGCAGGUACCGCCGAGGCAACCCUCCAGUGCAGCGUCGGGGAGGCGUGUUUGGAAUCUUCCGGGGAGCCGGUACCGUGCGCCCCGGGAACCUACCAGAACGAGCUCGGUCAGGAGCUCUGUCUGCCGUGUCCAGAGGGGUACUUUUGCCUCGAAGGGACGGAGACGCCGACCGACUGUCCUCUCGGGAGCUACUGCCCGGCUGGAACAAUGUGGGCAACUCAGCACCGGUGCCCGAGAGGAACGUUCGGGGAAGAAACCAACCUCGUCAACGCCACGAUGUGCAGCACAUGCACUCCAGGCUGGUACUGCGCUGUAGAAGGGCUAGACGCGCCUACGGGGCAGUGCAACGCGACCUACUACUGCGGCGGCGGCGCGGUGAUAGCCACCCCAGACAGCAUGUCGGCAGACGGGUACCAGGGCGACACCUGCGUCGACCGCAGCAACGGGACAACCAACGACAUUUGCCCCCCCGGCCACUACUGCCCCCGAGGAUCGGGGGCACCAAUUCCAUGCCCGGCGGGGACUUCAAGCUCGUCAUUCGGCCUGUCCAUGGAGGAGCAGUGUCCCGACUGCCAGCCCGGGUUUUAUUGUCCUGACGUGGGGACGUACAACGCCACCGUGGAGUGCACAGAGGGGUUUUAUUGCCCCGGGAGAGACGCCUCCCCGACCCGGAUCUGCCCAGCGGGCCACUACUGUCCGGCUGGGUCUUCCAACCCCAGAGAUUGUGUAGCUGGCACCUACCAGAACGACACAAGCGCCGCCAACUGCGACAUCUGCCCAGACCGGCACUAUUGCGAGGCGACCGCCACCGAGGCUCUGCCGUGCCCUGCAGGCUACUACUGCCCCGAAGGGACGGAGUUUGCCACAGAGUAUCCUUGCCCGAAUGGGACGUUCUCGAACGUCGAGAGCCUGGCGUCGGCGUCCGAGUGUACCCUAUGUUCCGCUGGGAGAUACUGCGGCAGCGAAGGUCUCAACGAACCGGAGGGGUUAUGCGGAGCCGGGUAUUACUGUGCGCUCGGAGCCAUGUCGCCUGUCCCUGCCGACGAGGUCGAUCCCGGUGUCGGUGGCUUGUGUUCCGCCGGCUACGCCUGUGUCGAGGGGGCCGAAUCUUCUCAACCUGUAGAUGGAGUAACGGGUUACCCGUGCCCUCGAGGCACGUACUGCCCGGCGGGGUCCUCGUUCCCGCACGGGUGCGCUCCGGGGACGUACAACCCUUCAGAGGCGAUGGAGGCAUGCGUCGACUGCUUGCCGGGCAAGAUUUGCCCAGGAAACACGACCACGCCCGAGGAGUGUCCGGAAUACCACUACUGUCCAGCCGGUUCGGCGACCGGGAUUAUUUGUCCGACCGGGACGUACAGCGACAGGAAUGACCUGGUGGCGGAGAGCGAGUGUUCGCCGUGUCCGCCGGGACACUAUUGCCUCGAUGGCAACGUCACGUCCACAUGCAGAGCGGGCUACUUCUGCAAGACCGGAAUCGGCAAUCCAACGCCGAAUAGCGAGUACGCCAACGUCACGUACGAAGCCUACAACGAGAUAUGGGAAGCCUUGGAUGCUGGACCCUGCCCGGCAGGUCACUACUGCCCUCCCGGCACGGAAGACCCCGUGCAGUGUGCGAAUGCCAGCGUGAGGGCUUCCCUCCUGGGAGUGUCUGCGGACGACUGCGGCAUCUGCCAAGCUGGCUUCGUCUGUUAUCCGGGCGAGCCUAUCCCUGAGCAGUGCUACAGGGGGUACUAUUGCCCUCAGGGGGAAGAUCCUAUCCCUUGCCCAAUCGGCACGUACAACCCGCUCAUGGAGCAAGACGAUCGAGACGAUUGCAACUCGUGUCCGGCGGGGUACUACUGCUUCUCCGAGGGAAUCGGCGAUCAUGCCCAGUACCCGUGCCCGGCCGGGUCUUUCUGCCUGGUGCGAGAGACUGACCCCGAGCAGUGCCCGGCGGGAACCUACCGCAACACUACGGGAGCGGCCUCCGUCGAGGACUGCCCGUUGUGCCCAGGAGGUUUCCAGUGCCACGAGGGGUCCGUCACGCCAGACGUAUGCCCCGAAAAGACGUACUGCCCCACGGGCUCGUCCAACACGACAACGUGUCCGGCUGGAUCCUACUGCCCGGUGGAGACUCCAGAGCCGAUCGUGUGCCCCAGGGGAUAUUAUUGCCCGCUUGGGAGCUCCGAACCGGUGGCUUGCGUGCUGGGCACCUACUGCCCGGAAGGGUCCGAGAUUUUCACGUCGUGCCCCUUGGGGUGGUACGGCAGCCUGACAUCCAACAAUACGCUGUGGUCGAGAGAUGAUGCUUGUGACGAGUGCCCACCGGGUACCUACGGAGCCGACCCGGACAGACUAGUCUGCGAUAUCUGCCCUGGGGGGUACGUUUGCCUCGGCACCACAAUCACCGCCACGCCCACGUCCGCGGAAGAGGAAGGUGGAUUCCAGUGCACGGUGGGACACUACUGCCCGGAAGGCUCGUGGGAAGAGAUUCCUUGUGCAGCCGGAAGCUACAACCCCGAGGUCGGGUCAUCAGCCGCUUCGGAAUGCUUCAUCUGUCCGGCAGAUCACUACCAGGACCAAGAAGGGUCGGCCGCUUGUCUCCCUUGCUCUUCCAGCUCAACCAGCGAGGCGAACGCGACCGAGUGCAAAUGCCUAGGGCUAAAUAGAGCUUUCCAACUGUCGGACGGGCAGUGCAUCUGCCGCUCGGGCUACGAGUACUACAACGAAGGAGGCGUGUUGGUGUCCACGGUGGACGGCGCCAUCGAUUGCCAGCCCAUCGUGUACGAACGGUGCUACACAGGAGAGGCCUUGGACGCGGACGGAAUUUGUGUUUCGGAAAGCGACUGCGACAGCCAGUGCGGUGAGGCUGGCGGCACAUUCUACGAACACAUCGGUCUGUGCGAGUGCCACGGCCAGCAGGAUCUCAACGCAGUAUGCGACGUGAACUGCAGAGAUAACGCGGCGUUGAUGUUUGUGGAUCCCCUGACGGGACUUAUUGUGGUCAUCGACGGAAACUCCACAGAGUAUGUGGACCCGGCGAACCUGCCGAGUUUCGCCGGAGCGCUGUACUGCUCGGACGACGCGGGCUGCGGACUUUUCCCAGUUACCGUUUCCACAAACUUCAGCGGAGUCUACGGUACCGGCAAUGCGGUGGCGACGGCGACGUCUGUGGCUUUGGCCGCAGCUGAUGCUUCCUCGUCUUCGCCAUCUGCAGCUUCGAGUCGAAGACACCGCAGCUUGAUGACCGAAGCGCAGCAGCGAGAAUCCGAAGACGCCAGUGUUGCUGACCCUGUUGAAGCUGACGACCAAGUUGUUAGGGUCAGGAAGGACGGUGGUGAUGCCUAUUCCUCGGAACAGGACAUGGUCUACAUGUUCUUGCGCCGCAGGGCCGGGAACUACCGACCGAGGAAUCAAUACCGGGACCGCUUCUUCACUGAGAACGGCACUCACACUACCAUACCCGGAGCGAUUCCGAAGUCUCAGCGAGCAUAUACCUCCCCUCUCUCGUCGAGUCGUCCCGACUUCUAUCCAUACCCCUCACAAGAGGAGGAAGGAUUUUAUGCCGAACAGCAAGACAAGCACGUUGUUGAUGAUUUCGAUUAUGGUGGGCCUCCCUACGACGGACGACCGCCGUGGGAACGCAAGAGUUGGAGCGUGGGAACCCAAGACGAGGAUCGGGUCGACAGGGAAAGGGCGGCAGGGAGGACGGGGAGGAGGAGGCUGGUCGGGGAUGAAGCCGAACCCGCCGUCGAGAGCCCCCUUUCGUGCGUCCGCAAGGGCGACUCGGUGCUGUUCGACAUCUCGAGCGGCUGCUACCCAGUCUACGACAAAGAUUCGCUGCUGAAUUCUAAUCUCGAGUUUGACUACGGCGAGUUUCGCACUGUGGCCGAGCUCGCCACCUCGUCAGCCACGUACGACACGUUCGGGUUCGUCUUCGAGGACGCCGGAACGUACGUGUUCAGUUCUAGCUGCAACCCGGGCAGCGUCAUCGUCCUGGCCGUCAUGGGGGAAGACGUCAGCUGCACCACUGAGGCGCACUUCGUGCCCCUCACGGCGGCCAACUUGAUCAAGCUCGGCGUAGCCAAGAACAGCGACAACAUCACGCUCACGCCAGACUGGGCGCUCAUCUGCGGCCUGCUGGCGGGCGUUGCGUUCAUGAUAUUCGGAGUUGUUUCCGCGGUUUACUACUUCCGAACCAAGGCGUGGACCACCGGACAAGCGGCCACCCCAGGGUACCGUGCAAAGGCGCAGGGCCGUCACUUUGAGGUUAACGGUGACGCUUCGACACAGAAAGCUGGCUUCUUCGCUAAGCGACAGAACCAAGUUUCACCGCUGGACCCCGAGUCCACCGCCGGUGGCCGCGGCCGUACCUCGAGGUCGCGACUGUCUGUUAGCUCACGCACCGGCUUUGGCAGCGGUCGAGCCCCAGACAUUGAGAUGCAGAGCAGCAGCGGCGACCCUUUCGACGGCCAAGACAACCCCGACGUCCGCGAACUGGUGGAGAGAAUGCAGAAGUACCACGACGACGUCGAGAAGGAGUUCACGGGACAGAAGGACCUCGUCAUGAAGCUCCACCACCUCCUCCAGCAAGAGGCCGACGAGCUCAAGCGCCUCCUCGGGGCAAAGGCGGGCGUGGUCGGCGACCAGCCCGCUGCGGCCGUCGAGAAAUCCACCAGAGCGACGCUCGCGCGGCUCAAAACAGACCUCGCGUCCCGACGGCUGCACGAAGCCGGCGUAUCGACAUCAGAGGUGGAGGCCCUGUCAGCUCUGAAACGGCUGCAAGAGCUCCUCCAGGAGGGAGCCGAGCCCUUUGCCAAGCGUGUCAUGCUGGAGAUUUCGAACGCGGACGCUGCAGAGAGAGGGUCGUCCCACGACGACGCCCACGCCGCCACCCCUCUUCUGCGUGAGAUGCAGGAAGGGGCUGAGCUCAUCCGGGUUGAGGUUGUGAACGAGCUGGGAGAGAGCCUGGAGCACGAACGGCAAAGGGAACACGCAGCUAGGGCGGUACUGGAGGGGGCUGUUUCCAGGGGCGGAGUUGUCCUGCCGGAGGAUAUCGUGCGAACCUUGAAGACCGUGAGCGAGAUGGACGCGAAGACGGACGCCGGCGAGCGGGGGGUGGCGGCGACUCUGAAACGCCUCGCCGAUCGCCUCCCUGCGUGCACGCAAGAGCUCUGCGCGUCGGAGGGAUUGAUCUUGCGCAACCUUGUGCGAAUCCGAGCGAUGGGGAACACCUCUCUCGAGACCGCCGAGAGACAAAGGGGGGAGAGCGUCAUUUCCAAGGUGCUGGACCAGCUCAUCCAGGCGCUGGCUAUCGUCGGCGCUCGGGCGGAGACGGAGAAGGCGGCGGUCGACACGGCCAGGAUCGAUGCGGAGGUGGAACGGCGCCACUUGGAGGCGGCGGUGGACGAGAGCAUCAAGACGAUGACCAUCGCCGGGUCUGCAGACGGUGUUCCGCCCACAUCCGACGACCUUCAGGGCAUGCUGAAGGAAAUCCGGACGUUGGUUUCUUCCUCCGGCUCUGCUUCCGCCGCUAGUGCGGCCGUCGUGGCCCCGACUCGCCGCGCUAGCGCUCUCUUCUCACAAGUCGCCGAGAACGAGUACCGGCGGCACUCCAUUUUGCCCGGCGAUGCUGUGGACACCAGCCUGCUUGCCGAAGAAGAGGCGGAGGAAGAAGCCCGCCGGUCCGAGAUUGAGGCCAAUUUGCUGGCGGAGCAGGAGGCCGGCGUCGCGGCGGUGUCGGCGGUGGCAGACAGCCAGAAGAGGAGCCUCCAAGAGCAGCUCGACAACGCGGGGGCGACGGUGGAGGAGAAACAGGCUAUGAUGAACGCCCUAACCGAAGACCAAAAGACGAUCGAGGGCAUCCUAGAAGGCGAGCGGGUGAGGAUGGAAGAGAGCUUCAAGAGCGCCGCGGCGGCGCGUAAGGCGAGGGACGAGAAGCACGCUGAAGAAGAUGCCGUCGAAGAAUGCCAAACCAAGGCAGAACUCCUGCACAAGCAAAACGCGCAGAUCAAAGAGCUGCGGCGCAAGCACGAAGCGGCGCAACUGGUGGUUACCGGAGCGGCGUCCGCCGCGGAUGACGAUGGCGAUCAGGAUCCACAAGGGCAAGACAAGACCGACGGCAGCGGGGACGAAACGGACGGCGAAGACGAAAGAGGAGUGAUCGCGGCGUUGAGGAAGGCACAUGCGGAGCAAGUUGCACUGCUGGAAUCAAGCCUGACUGCCAAGGCCAAGAGCGCAAAACACGCUCUCCGAGAGCGACUGGCCGCACAGAGAGCCAAGCGCGAAGCAGAGCUUGUAGAGGGUGGGGCCUCUUGGUCGGAGGCGGCCAUCAAAGCGGACAAGGAGCUCGCGGCCAAGGAGGAAUCGCAACAGAAGGAGCUAGCGGCCACACUUGCGUCAGAGAAGAGUCACGCCCUGAAAACGGAGUUGUCUACUCAGCGGCAAGUGCGCGACGAGGCCCGCGCGGUAGUAAAUGAAAACCAGGACCCCGACGCCGGGCAGGCGGCCGCUGCGGAAGAUGCUCACCGCAUGCGCGAGGAGGCGGUCGAAGCAAUCCAGGUUCUGGAGGAUGCCAUGGCGGAAGAGGGGAGGGUCAGGCGCAAGGCACUGGUAGAGCGGUUGAAGGCAACGCGUCGGGCCAAGGAAGCCGAGCUGGAAAGGCAUGGGGCUGGAGAGAUGGAGCGGUGCAAGCAAGACGCGGACCUGACCCGCCUCGAGGAGCUACAGAUUGAGGCCUUGGAGGAAGAACUUCUACACGAGAGAGAGAUUGGUCUCAAGGACGCGAGGGCUUGUGCCGCUGCUGCGGAAGUGGCCGCUACAGUGGCCAGCAGCCGUGCCGCCGAAGGCGGUGAGGUGGAUCCGCGGGCGGCCGUUUUGGCAAGCAAGAUGAAGGAACUCCACCUUACCGCCAUGGAGCAACUGGAGAAUGACAUGAGCAGGAACGAGAAGAACGCCUCGAGGGCUUUAAGGGAGCGUCUUCAGGCGGCUAGAGCAGCUCGAGAAGCGACAUUGCAAGACAAAGAGUCUCUCUCCGCCUCAGAGGCGGCCAGGAAAGCCAGAACAGAGCUGGAAGACGGCGAGGAAAGGGCCAUUGAAGAGCUGAUGGAGGAUCUGCGCAACGACCGUGUCGAGGCUAUCGGUCGGGCGAACCUGGAGGCGGAGGCAGCCGGAACGGAUUCGCUGCGGGCGGAAGCAGACCGUCUUCUCGCAGAACACCGCAACCGGAUGGCUCAGCUGCAAGAAGCCAUGAAGGUCGAUGCGCAGCGCCAAAAGACCAACCUCCAGAAGCGUCUUGCUGCUCGGCGCAAGGGCACCGACGCUGUCGUAGCCGCCGCCCAGCCCGUGUCGCUUCAGGCCGCCGCGAAGGCCGCCACCCUCGCCGACUCCGCCGAGGAGGCCGAGCGCAUCAACCUCGAGCGGAGCCUCCUCGACGAGGCGAACCGCUUGCAAAGCGACGCCGAAGGGUACGAGCGAUCCGUCCAGAACAUCCUGACCUCUGCCGAACAUGCUGCCGCGUCAGGAGUGUACGGAGCGUCACCGAGAGCCGCAGAAGCAGAGAUGGUUCAUGAGGAGAGAAAUCAGUCUCUGCGAGCGAUUCACGAGAGGGCGAUGGCCGCGAUGGAAACGCAGAACGAGAAUAAGCGGCGGGCGGUGGCGGCGAGACUGGGGCAGAGGCGAGCCGCGGCCAGGGCGGCGAGGGCGGAGGCCAUGCGUGCGGCAGGGAAAAGCGAAGAAGAGAUCGCCAAGGAUCUUGCAGAGGUGAACGCCCACGACUCGCAAGAGGCAGCACAGGAAGAUGCGAUACUGCAGGCGGAAGGCGUCGCUGCAAUUGAGGAGGAACGAUCGACGCAAAUCGCCGCUGUCACGGAUGGCAUUGCUCCGAAGAAAGAAGCUGCCAGGAUCCGCGAACGACACAUCCGCGAUGCCGCUGCACUCGAGAAAGAGUUGAAGCAGCACUGCAGAGACCAGAGGGCGGCGCUGGCCAGCCGGCUCCGAAAGCGAAAAGCGGCCAAGGAAGAAUCCCUCCGCCGCGCCGGUGCGGGGGAGGAAGAGACGGCUGCAGCGUUGCAAACUCUGGAAUUCGAGGCGGAAAGAGAUGUCGUCCAGCUCGAGCAAGCCCUGAGUGGUUUGAAGGACACCGAGGCCACCAGCCAGAAGCAAGCAGCGGCGUUAGCGUCAGGCGAGGAUGAGCACCCUCAAUCCGGGCUCGCCGAGCUGCGCGCUCGGCACCAGGAAAGCGAAAACUUCCUUAAGGAUUCUCUCCGAGCGGAGGCCGGGGCGAGGCGGGCGCGUAUGCGUCAGAGGAUCGCCGCGCGCACCGCCGAGCGCGUCAAAGAGCUCACGGCGCAACGCCGCAGCAAGGAUGAGAUCCACGCGGAGGUAGCUGCCAUUCGAGACGCUGGUGAAGCCGAGGAGAACCGAUUUGAGGCGGUCCUCGCCACUGAGGCCGAGGCUCGCAUCCACGCCGCUCGCGAAACUGCCCUUGCCGCGGAGACAAGUCUAGAGGUGACGCAGGAAGAAGCGCGCGACCUCCGCAAGAACCACGAGAAUGCCAUGAUCGCGCUUGCCGCUGAAAUGGCCGAGAAGCAGCGGCGAGGCAAGGAAGGCGUAGGGGCCAGGCUACAGGAAAAGAAGGCUAAGCGCCUGGCAGAGUUGAAGAAAGUCAAGGCGAAAGAUGACGAGGUGCAGGACGAGCUCGCCCGACUGGAGCAAGAAGCGGAGAGAGAGCAGAAACAGGUUGAGGCGGACAUCGAGCAGGAGGCCGCGAUUCUUGAGCAGGCUGAAGCGAAGAUGCUCGCCAAGCGAGCAGCCGAGGCUCGUGCCACCCGACUGACGGCCGAAAGUUCUAGACGAGCAGGCGAGCUAGAGCUCCAGAAGAUACGUCAGGCGCACGAAGAGAAUCAGAGGAUUCUAGAAGAAGCUCAGGAGAGCAAGCGGAAGCUUCGUCAGCGGACGCUGGCGGAGAGGCUGGAGCGCCGACGCCAGGAGAAGAUGAACGCCUCCAUCGCUGCUUUAGAAAGCGCCGAAGCUCAGCAGAAGUUGGCUGCUUCCUUGGAGAAAGAAAGGGUUGAAGCUAGGGCGGAGUUGGAGGAAGAAUUGGUCAAGGAAGCAUGCCAAGAGCUGGAAGUGCAUGCGCAACGACAAGCAAGAGCCGAGCAUGCCGUCCGGAUGUCGGCCAAAAAUGCGAUCGACGAGGCUGAGAAGAGGGCAAAGCUCGCCAGGGAGGAGCAUGAGGAGUCUACCAAGGAACUCGACAUGCAACUGGCGGCGGCAAGGAUUACCCAGGGGAACAAGCUCAAAGAUAGGCUUGCCAAGAAGCGCAAGGAACGCGAGAAACAGCUCACCAGGGAGAGCGCCGAUGCCGAGGCUGUCAAGGAGGCGAGGCGGAUCAUGGAAGAGGAAGAGCAGAGAGAAGUGGCCAGGCUCGAAAACCACCUUGCGAGAGAAAGGGAGCGUCUCCACGAAGAAAACCUCGCUCGUGCUAAGGCGAGGCGCACGAGAGAAGAGGCGGAGGAACGCGACAGGGCGAUCGCCGCGGCCCAAGCGGCCGACCUGGCCAAGCAAGAAGCGGUCGGCUGUCUUCAGAGGCUCCAGAAACAACAUGCGGAGCAGCACGCCGCGCUCGAGCACCAAAUGGAGGAGGAAAAACGGUCUCGAGAGGCCAAGCUCCGCGAUCGGCUGGCCAAGAAGCGUAAGGCUAAGGAGGAAGAGAUGCAGCAGGCCGCCUUGUCUGAGCGGGAGAAGCAGAUUGAACAAAAGAAUCUGGAGGACGAAGAGCGAGCUGAGCGACAGCGAUUCCACGAUCAGCUGGAAGAGGAAAUAAAGAAGAGCGCCGACGCGCAGAGGCGGCAUCAAGAAGAGGCCCUGGCAGAAGCCACGGCGGAAGCCGCUAGGACUACGGAGCUUGCAGCAGCAGCGGCGGCGAGGGCGGCGGCUACGGACGCCGUGCGAGAAGCGGUCGAGGCCGCGGAACAGGAAGAUUUCAAGCGGAAGGCACAGAAGCUGAAGGAGCUCAGCCUGGCCAACGAGGAGAAAGAAAAGGCCGCACUUGCUGGAUCUUCCGCGACGAGCAAGUCUAGGCUCAUGGACAGGCUGGCGAAGAAGAAAGCGAAGGCUGAAGCCAAGAAGCGCGAACUCGAGGCCGCUCAAAAAGUGGAAGAGGAGAGGCUUUUGGCCAAGCACAAGAACCCACCACAUCUUCCCACGAAACGACCCACGAACUCGAAGGAAGAAGUGGAGGCUGCGAGAGCGGCGGCGGCGCCCGGAUGGACCGGUGAUAUCGCGUGGGACGAGGCUGUCAUGGUGGCGAUGGCGGAGGAGCCUAGAGCUGGAGAGACGCAAUCCGAUCGCGAGGCGCGGGUUUUGAAGUCGGUGCUCGAAGCGGGGAUCGUACCUGAGAAGAAGCUCGGGAAGGUGGGUCCAGGGCGGGCGGGGUGGCGGCUUGGUGGAACGGACUAUCGGAUCAUGUGCGUGGAGCUCGUCAUGUCGGGCAGACACGACAAGGAAACUGCCGAGUUGCUGACGACCCAGUACAAACAACGGGCAUCCAGGUUGGCCACCUCUUUGGGCGAGCUUCUUGUCGAGAAGAAUACAGCACGCGCAGAGGCCAUGCAACGGUUAGCCAAGAUGAACGCCACCGACGAAGAGAGGGCCGAUGCAGCAGCCGACGUCGACGAUGACUUCGCCGGGCGUCAGCAACAGAUGGAGACGUCGAUCAUACAGCAAAUGGAGCCUCCUCAUCUCGAGCAACAGCUGGAGCUACGCCAACGCCAGCUUCAAGAGAUCGCCGGAACGUUUAGGGCCAUCGCACCCGAAUCCGCCCUGGAGCGGCUGCAAGAGAUCAAUGCCACCAGGCACGAAGAGGAGCUCGAGAAUUUCCAUGCUGCCAUGGAGCGGGAGAAGGAGGAGCGUCUCAAGCGCCUUCAAGAAGAGAGGAGCAAGUUCGAGGAGCAACUUCGUCAGCGUCACGACGCCGAGAUGCAGAGAUUGCAGGCGGAGGAGCAAAAGGUCUUGGAUGUCGAGAGAGAGGCACAGGAGGCACGCCUCAAAGAAAAACAGGCGGAGCUCGAGAGGCAACGAGAAGAGGAAAAGCGCAAGAUGGAGGAGAGGAGCGACCAGCUCAAUGCCAGCCAAAAAGAAGCUCUUCUGGAGCAGUUCAAGCUUGACCAGGCGGCCGAACUCGGCGCACUCAAGGCCGAGGAACAGUCUUCCAAGAGCAAGCUCGAGCAGAAGCUGGCCGCUCGACGGCAGAAGAAGACGGAGGAAAUGAGGAAAAGGGAGGAGAGGCAGCUCAAGGAGAAAGAGACCAGGGAUGCGCAGAGGCUGCAGGAAAUCGAGAGGCAGACCCAACUGGAGGAUGCCGCAGAGGUCGGAGCACUGUCCGCUUCGGGAAGCGUCAGCGCACUGAAGGUGGACAUCGACCAGGCAGCGAUUCAACUAGCACGGAAGAGAGGUGGCCCGAACGAGGCCAAAGAAAGGCUGAAGGAGACACUCGCCGCCAACGAGACGAGGAAAAUGGUCCAAAGGCACAACAGUGUCAGCGGCAGGGGAUCUUUGUCCGGGGCCGGCGGGGGAGCCUCUGCGGCGGCCGCUGCCGCCGCCGCCACGGCCGCCACGGCGACGGCGUACACGCACAUAUCGUCCAAGUUGGAGGGAAUCGAGGGCCUGAUCUCGGCACUAAAGGCUGCCCAAGGGAACAGGCUGUUGGGGCCCGGCAUUUCCGCGGGUGGUGACGGGUCGACACAGGUGUACAGAGACGCCGAGGAUGAGGCCACAAUUCCGGAGGGCAACGACUUGCAAGUUAUCCCAAGAGACAAGCUCCCGGUGCAAGCGGUCGCCCGGCUGGAGUUCGGGGAGCACCUGCUGUCGGUGCUCGGCCUUGCCGACACUGUUAGGCUUCAGGUCGCCAAGAACCUACCCCCGACGGACGUUCCUAGUCAAGGCAGCGGUACCGGUGGUAGGCUCAACGCCAACGCGUUCCGCAACUCCUACCUUUGGGAGGCUUCAACGGGCGUGCUCAAUCUACACGUUCGGCGCCUUUCGAGCAGUGGAGACUUCGGGUUGGUUCUCGUGCACGCGGCGGCUCAUAUCCACGUCGACCCGUCGGACAUGACUAAUGACCUAGACCCGCGAUUCACGCAGCACUUCCACCGCUCGCUCAAGGUGUUGACACAAGAGCUAUUCAAGUAUAGAGAAUCAGCGGCACCGAUGGCUGACGGCGGUUUGGGAUCCCCCAUCCCCAGCCCCCGCCUUGCCGGCUCUGUUCCGGGAAGCAGCGCAAAAACUGACAUGGUGCUUGGGCCAGGCGGAGCAAAGUCGAAAACGACAGGGGCGGGAAGUGGCGAGUUCGCGCAGGAUCUUCUUGAAGAGAGAAUGGAGAAGUACGCCCGGGCUAGUGGGCACCCGCGCUUGGUGGAACUCCUGUCGCGCCACGCCAACGAACAGAAGGAUAAAUUCACGCUCAGUGACGACGAGGACCAGGUGUCCAAUGUGGGCGACGUCGAAUACAUGGAGAAAUUCGACAACAGGGACGCUGAUUCUAUCUUUCGUUCCCCGGUCGCCAGUAUCAACGGACACGAGAGUUUCGAUGAUGGUGCCAGCGACAACGGAAGGGAGGAGAAGAAGGGGCUAUAAAUAGAACACUUUUGUCUUGUCUGUUCCAAAACUUUACAACUGUUGUCUAUUUUCACGUGCAACAUGGUGAUAUUCGUAAGUCUCGGGUAGGCAGGUGGCAGUAGUGGCGCUGGCGGUGGUGGGGCUUCAAUCAAAGAAGAUGCCUAUGAGACAAUCGAUCGUUCGUCGCUCGUCUCACUCAGCAAUUU